AUGCCCAACUGCUGGUUUGACGUGUUGGCGUUGAUCGAAGGUAGCUAUUUCCAGGACGUUCUCGAUCUUAGCGUAGCAUCUCUUCUAUCAGAUGUGGCAUGGCAUGACAAGCUGAAUUCAGCGGCCAAGGAAAACAUCAUCGGCAAAGCUAAGGCUGUACCGAACUGGGAAGACGAGCAAGAAGCCAACAAUCAGGAAGAGGAUGGAUCGAGUGCGGUUGACAAUGCUCGUCACGACCACAACGACGUGAAAAUUCCCCUUCGAAAGUGUGAAACCCUUGGCAAGUCUCUAGAUAGAGACGAACUACGGCACUUACGGACCGAGAACGCUACGUUAAGUCGCCGUUUGACGCAGAUGGAGAAGGAGCACGCUCGGAGCGUUGAGAAGUUAGAGACAAAGCUGCAGCAAACUAUCGCAACGCACAGGCAGAUAGAGCAGCGUUUGAGAUCGCAACUGCAGACUGUACUUCACGAACAGCAAGCGGCAGCAGAAAAUGCACGCAAAGUGCGUACAAUUUUGAACCGCAUCACGAAAUGGAUGCGUCAAGUGCAGCGAGCAGCUCAGCGCGAGCGCUCACUUCGCAAUGCCAAACCUGUGGCGCAAGAUCUCGAAUUGAGGAUGACACCAUGCUCAGAGUCGUCGUACAAGCUUUGGACAAGUGGAGCGAAUCUCGCUACGAACGUUUCGAAAUGUGAAGAAUCGCCGACUGCUUCGAACAAAUUCUCACUGAACCAGGGUCCGUUGCAGUGGCCAGAUUCAUACAAGAUUCUGAUCGAUAACAACGUAAACCCCGUACCCCCACCUCCACCUGGGCGAAACCGUGCUAAAAGUCUACCGGCAAAAGGUUUUAACUACGUCGGAUACCCGGUGGGACAGAAGUUGUUCUAG